UUGCAGAUACCACAUUAAUUAGGCUUUUAGAAAAGAAAAAAAAAAAAACUAAGAAAAUUUUAUUUCCUGAUGUGCUUGUGUUCAUUUUGACAGCAUUUGCAUGGCAUUACAAUUUCUUGACUGAAAGACAUAGAAAGCGAGAUAGCGAACCAGGGAUUCUGGUUGAAUGAAGAGACACACCCUCUACUGGUCACUCCACUUGUCAUCUACAGGAAGGAAGAAAAUGACAUGGAUACUGACUUUGACAAAACCACAAGUUUUAGGCCAAGACCUUGCAUGAUGUCCAACAAAAAUAUAAUAAAACAACAAACUAAUGCCCAGUUCUGCUACUUCCACAGCACACUUAUGGGCUCCAGCAGAAGAUGUAUCGCAAAGUGGAGGAAAAGGCAUCUGCAACCCUCAAAGACUCUGCUUGUUUUAUUCCUGGCCAUCAGCUUUAUCUACAGUUGGUUGCUGGUGGUUAAUAAACCACAACAUCUGAAUGGCAGCAAUGUAUCACUCCCAAAUAAUAUCACCAUCCUGUUAUGGCACUGGCCGUACGGCACCCGGUACAGCCUUGCAGGGGACGUGUGUCUGAGGGACUACGGCAUCUCUGGAUGUGUGCUAGUGGACAAUCGCACUCUCUAUGAGAGCGCCGAUCUAGUGGUCUUUCAUCACUUUGAGCUGAAGCUGCAUAAACAGCACCUUCCAGUGCAUCUCCGUCGGCCCGCCAAACAGAGGUGGGUAUGGCUUUCUUUAGAAGCACCACAAAACAACAGCAACUGGUCACCGUACAACAACCUUUUCAACCUUACCAUGUCAUAUCACUCUCAUGCUGACAUCACUGUGCCCUAUGGGAAGCUGUUACAGAGAAAGAAACCAGGUCUAGACUUAGUUAUCCCAAAAAACAAGAGUUAUGACGCCUGUUGGGUGGUUAGCAACUACCAAAAACGGCACAAGAGGAGCGCAGUGUUCCAGGAGCUAAACAAGAACCUCAAUGUGCAACUGUAUGGCCUUUCCGCCAAAAAACCUCUACCGAAGGAGGCGCUGCUUCCAACGAUUUCACGCUGUUAUUUCUACCUAGCCUUUGAGAACACACAGUCUCCGCAAUAUAUCACUGAGAAGCUCUGGAGAAACGCUUUCCAGGCUGGGACCGUGCCCGUGGUGCUGGGACCGCCACGCAGAGACUAUGAAGCCGUGGCGCCUCCGAAUUCCUUCAUCCAUGUGGAUGAUUUUAAAUCAAUUAAGGCCCUGGCUGAGUAUUUGAGAGGCCUAACUAAAGAUCCAGAGAAGUAUAAUGCAUAUUUAACCUGGAGGCAAGACUAUAUGGUCAAAUUAUAUACAGACUGGAGAGAACGAUUGUGCAAUAUCUGUCCCAUAUACGGACAACUUCCAACUCAAAAGGUUUAUGAGGAUUUGAGAGCAUGGGCAAAAUGGUAGUUUUUUUAAGGGGCCCUUCACACAGAACACGUUUUAGCAUAAAAAAAAAUAAAUAAAAAAAAAAGUCUGCAGACUUUCGAAAAGUUGAAUUUCUUUCAGCUUGAGAGAUCUGGUUUUAGAAUAUGGUCAUUCGCAAAAUGCUGCAAAAGAUGAAAGACAAGAGCGCAAUGUUCAAUGACGUUUGUCUUAGUGCGUGCAUAGAAAAACUACUGAAAAAAAUUGAAUGCAAAAAUACAAGUUCUAGAGAUGGGUGUUCGUUUGUUUUUUUUUUAAGUUGAACUUCUUUUAACAUAACUGUUGCAUUUUUGGAACACUAGUGCUUCAAAAAUUGCGAGAUGCAAGCAUGGUUAAAGGUCAAAGAUGUCCAUCUAGAGCAUGUUUACAUAGGAAAAAAAAUUGAAAGGCAACGCAGUGGAAAGCAAAAAUGCGAGAAACAGGGUAGUGCAAUGGGGGGGGGGAUGCUUAGUGGAACUUUUAUCUUGAGCACUGCGUUUUUAGAACAUGUCGUUGGUGAGAUGCUGCAAAAGAUGGGAGACAAACAGUCAAAGACGUCUAAUAGCGCAUGACAGAAAUGCAAUUGAAAAGCAGCAUAAAGCAAAAAAUGCACAAAAAACAAGCAACAGGGUAGUGGAAUGAAAAAAAAAAAAGCACGGUGUAGACUAUUUGAGAGCUGCGUUUUUAUAAUGAUGUCUCAUGCUAAAUGCGAAUGCAAAGACGUCCGUCUAGCAUGUUUAAAUAGAAAAUCUGUGGAAAAACAGUGCAGCGGAACGCAAAAACGUGAGUCACAAGGUGAAAAACCGAAGUAUCAAAAGACCAUUUUUAGAACACAGUGCAGUAGAACGCGAAAAAGUGUUCUAGGCGAGUUGUCCCAAAGCGGCCAUUCACACAGGAUGCUUUUUAAGUUUAAAAACAGCCAAACGCAGAACAGUGGAAUGGGGAAAAAAAGCCAAGUCUAAAUACAUGCUUUUUUAAAAGUUGAACUUUUUAACUUGCGGCACAUUUCGAGUAAUGCGCAAAAUGCUGAAUAAAACAUGAGCACAAUGGGCAAAAUUGUGUCCAUCUAGCACACGCUUACAUAGAAAAACAAUGGGAAAGCAGUGCAGUGGAAGGCAAAAACGUUCUGUGUGAAUAGCCACUAAGCACUUUACAGGCUACAUGACGCAAUAUUUUAUUUGAAUUCAUACUGACAGCAUCAGCAGCACCAUUUAUGUAUAAAUAAAGCAUCACGCAUUGGUGUGCACCUGUGCAAGCAUAAAAACACAGAAGUUCUAUUGCUAUCCAAGCUGCUGGGGCCAUGGUGCCAAACUGAAACCGCAAUGUGCAAACCUUGCUUCCUCUCCUGUCAACAUGCUUAUAUAUCCUGUGUACAAGGAUUCUUGAAGGUCGGAACAAAUAUUUGCAAGCAAACCAGCAAAAUUAUAAAAUAGGUUUUUUUAAAACUGGUGGGUCAUACAUUUUUGGUUAGUUUGCGCCAUAUCAAACAUGCUUUUUUUUUUUUUUUUGCAGUGAAUUGUCAGUUUAGAUUUUGGUUCGGUGUUGGAUCGCCAGUCGAUAUACAAUAAAACAUCUGGAUCCUGAAACACCGUUUUAAACCAAGAUACUUCAUCUGUAAAACAAGUGUUAAGAGCAACAGGUUGAUUAAGUCCCAGAAACAAACAAGUAGUGACUGUCAAUGGAAAUGGUUUAAUUGCUACCCAGUGAUAUUGUAUGUGUUGAGCAGAGUUUCAAUAAAUUAUCAAAUAUGGCUUUCAUUUACAUUGCAUAGGGAUGAGCAUGCAUGAUAAACACACCAAAAAGAUAAGGCACACGACCUCCACAUAUAGGCUUCCAAACUGGCAGCAAAUUUCAUCCAUAAAUCACCCUGAUAAAAAGAUAUUACACCUAGAAUUAUUUUCCAAUUGGAGAUGGGAGAGUGCAAGCAUUUAGAGAAAAAAAAGAACAGUGACUGAUGUCCUUUGCAAACCAUCUAAAAAAAGGUCUCCAAAUUAUAAUUUAAAAAAUCCAUCUCUUUAAAAAUCAAGUAAUUAGUCAAAAUACAAGAUCUAAGUCUUGAAUUUGCUGCCAGUUCACAUAGAAAUGUGGCGGGAAAACUACAAAGUAUGAAGACAAAUAUGGAAAUAUACUUUGGAAAUCAUCAAAUAUU